UGUGAUCAGGGCUGGUUUAGUUUCAGUUUUGUUUCUUCUCCUUCUUGCAUGCACUCAUUGUGACGUAUUUUCUUGACAGGCAGGACUUUUGUGUUUUUCCCCGAUUGAUCAUUUCCCUGAUGGCUUCCAUCGUGUCUUCCCUAAACAAUGAGCAGGAGAAGCUGCUACAGAAUUUUUUCUCCACUCCUGUUCGUCUUCAUCUUCUCUACAAGAGCAGUCAUCAUGGAGCUAAUGUAGCUCAGCUCCUCUCCAGCUUCGACAACUACGGCAAAUUUUUCAUCGCAGUGUUUCUGCCGUCGGGUUCAGUCCGAGGGGCUUUCAUGAGUAAAUCUCUGAAAUGUGGAACAGAGUUCUCUGAUGCAGAAGCGUUUGUGUUUGAAAUUAAGGAACAUGAUGCCAAACAGUUUCCUGUGAUAAAUGCUGCCAAAGCCAUCACAGUCAGCAGACAAAAGGCUGCACAUCAUCAGGAUGGGUUUGGUUUUGGAAGUUCAACAACUUAUACUCAAACUGCAGAUGUUAUUGCUUUUGGGAGCUGCUUAAACUUGAAAUUGGAAAAUUAUAAAUUGUACGCGAGCUUCUACAAAGAUGAAGAAUAUGGCCCGACAUGGUCACAGGAAAAGUGCUGUGCAGAUGUGGAGCUGCACCGUGUCCAAGAUGUGUUUGGUCUUUUUCCAACCCCUUGGAGAGAAGUGUCCUGGACUGAUACGACAAGGGAAAGCCUAAGGAAGGAGUUUGUCUCCUUCAAGCUGCCUACAAAUUAUCCAGUGUCACAGAUGAAGGCUUUGCUCUUGGGCCCAGUGGGUUCUGGGAAAUCCUGCUUCAUCAACUCCAUCCGAUCCACCAUGUACAAGCGGAUUGUCCAUCUGCCCAACGUCGGGACGGCAGUAAACGGGUUCACCAAGAAGCUGAAUAAUUAUGAUAUCCGUGGAGGUAAAGGAGGUUCUCCGACAGUUCUGAGUUUCUGUGACAUGAUGGCUUUUGGAGAUGACGACUCUACUGGUUUGUCUUCUGCAGAUGCAAUUUCUGUCAUUAAAGGCCACAUCCCUAAAGGAUACAAGUUCCAGCCUGAUGCUCCAGCCACAGAUGCUGUAAGUGGCUACAAAAAAAACCCUUCCAUAAAUGAGCAGGUCCACUGCGUCCUCUUCAUGCUUGAUGCCUACAAAUUAGGAUCAUACCCCAGCAGCUUGAAGUCUACACUCAGGAAGCUGCACACAACCACUUCAGAGUUGGGAAUCCCUCUGCUGAUUUUGCUCACUCAUGUGGACCAGGUGUGUCCGGCAGUACAGGAGAACUUGAUGCAUGUCUACUCCAGCCGUAAUGUGCAGGAGAAGAUGGAGAAAGCUGCCGAGUUGGUGGGAUUGCCGUUGUGCUACGUACUGCCGGUGAAGAACUACGUUUCCCAGCUGACUGUGGACUGCAACACCGACAUCCUGCUCCUGAGUGCAGUUAUGAGCAUCCUACAGGCUGUGGACGACACACUGGAGGACCAGUAUCCUGUUCAGUGGCCCCUGUCGAGGUCGUUGAUAUACCCUAACUAAGUGGGCUAAUUAGGCAUAACAUUGUCAUUAUAACAUUAUGAGCAGUGAAGUGAAAAACACUAAUUAUCUCUUCAUCAUGUCACUUGUUGAGCUCCUGUAGCUCAAAUUGCUGAAGAAGCUUCAUUUCAACAUUUCUAAUCUCAGUCGUAGUCUAACAGUUAAUUAUAUAGAGAUUCUUCGUUAUAAAAUAUAAUCAAAAUUAACGUAGGGGGAAAUAAACAUAAAAACAUAUGAGGCAAAAUAUAAUCUUCACUUUUGCACCAAGCAAUAUGCGAUCUUUAUGCUAGAAACUAUAUAUAAAGUAAGUGAAUCUUUAGUAUUUUUAAUGUUUAAAUUGGUUUGGCAUCAGAAUAAAAUCACAUAAAUAUGUAACUAGCACAAGGAGGAGAUUAGCGAGACCUCCAAAAAAGGAAGAGAAAUUUAUGGAAUAUGCAAAUGAGUUAGAUGAGACUUUAAAAGUAGUGGAGGAAUCUCUGAGAAAUAUGUAAAUGAUCGUGAGUUUUAAGGAUUUGGGGUUUGUGAUAUUGCUGUUUGAGCUCAUAUGACGUGCUGAUUGACUGCAAUAAAGCUGUUUUUUGCUCCUCUUUAAUCCACGACUGAAAGCCUCUUUAUUCACAAAGUUUCAUUUUAUUUGAAAUGAUAGCAAAAGAUAAUUUCAUUUUUCUUUAAGUAAAUCUUUUUACUACUUUACCAUUAAGAAUUAGAAUUAGAAUAGUAUUUACAUGAUAACUUAAGAAAUAGAACACACCUAAAACUUAUCACAUUCUGUGACUGUGCUUCCAUUUCUCGCCACCAGGUGUCGCCACUGGGCGCCUACUCACUAUCCUCUAGUCCCACACAGUGUCCCAAGUUUUUUCACCUGGUCCUUGUUAGUCCUCAGUAUAUUUGUGUCUUUUGUGUUGGGUUUUGUUGCUUCAUUGUCGCUAUGUUCAGACCUCUUGAAGUGUCCAAAACUCUGACAGAUUUCUAAGUUGAAUUUUGAGUCCACUUUUGUUUCUCGAGACAUCUGUGUCACGGACUCUAGAGAUGGAUGGAUCAUGCGUUCUUAUUGAGGUCCCUCUUAUCGUCCGGCUUAAUAAGAGAAUUUGAGGUCAUAGGAAUUACGUCAUCUUGUGUGUGUUGGUCUUCAUUUCUCUUAAGAGCUUAGUUGUGUUAAAUCAGUGUACACACAGUCAGGAAUGUGUGUUCAACAUUUCUAUUUUGUGUGUGUGUGUGUGUCUGUGUGUGUGUGUGUGUGUGUGUGUGUACACUGAUGAAGUGUUUUGUAAAUUUUUUCCUAUAGUUCCGACCAGUCUCAAAACUAUGAGUAUAUGUUUGUGCAUGUUUUAAUAUUUAUGUGAGGACCGAAUGUCUCUAUAAGGAAAGGAAUUAUUGACACAACGGUGCUUGACUUAUUAUUUAAACACAAAAAUUCUCAAAUUCUUUCAGUUUCCUGGGAAUGUUAGUAAAAUUGUGCAUUACUAGAUAUAUCUAUAUAUAAUAUACUUUAUGGUAAAUGCAAUGUGUGGUAGUGGCUUCAGAGUCAUGAAUACAGUGUCCUGUAUGUGUCUGUCAAUGAGGAACAUGUGAACUUCCAAUCAGAACGUUAGACGUUUGUUAUUCAAAACAGCCAGACACGUGAGUUAUAUAAAAAUAUAACAUUUUAUUCCAAACUACAAAAGAAAAAAGUGAAAACAUGUAACUUUUUGGUCACAUUUCUCAAUAAAAUAAUACAAGAACUGCAACAAGAACAGUCACGUCAGCGCAAAAAAAGAAGCGAUCAUUACACACAAACUGAAGCGAGACAAAUAACAAAGGUUUUCAAUUUAAAUUAACUUAAUCUGUACAAACAUUAUGUACAUUAUUUACAUUGUUCAAAGAAAA